CUCUCUAGAUAUCCAUCCCACACCUCUCCGCCCGCAAACGGCUCCUACGGUGAGAAAAAAAAAAGAGAGAACAGAACAGUUUCAAACACGUCGACAUAAAUAUCACUACUCUAGCUCCCUUUUCCCCCUUGCCCUCCCGACGGACUUCAGCACUUUUAUACAUUCAGCGCGCCAAUGCCAGAGACCACGCAGAAACGACGGAUUUUUUCCUCUUGAGCAUGAGAAGGAUUGCCAAAUCAUCCGCAAUCCAACAUCACCGAGUGAGCCACCAGCAUGAGCCCUGGAUACAUAUGCUCCAGCAGAAGUUGUUGGCUAGAGAACUAAGAAAUCUUGGAGCACAAAUACAGCAAAGAGGGGAGAGUCAGUUUUAGGUCUCCACAUAAUGGAGCGAGAAUGAACAGAGAGCGGCUUAAGAAAAAGCAUGAACUGGAGGUUUAUUGAGGUCAUCUGCUUCCUGUUUAUAUGGGACCAUAUAACAGUUCAGUCUACCCGCCAGGACCUGUUGGCUGCUGAACAACAUGUCACCAAGCAAUAUGACUGGCUCAUCUCUGACCGUGGACCUUUCCACCACUCUCGGAGCUAUCUGUCCUUUGUGGAAAGAUUCCGCCAAGGAUUUACAACCAGAUAUAAAAUUUAUAGGGAAUUUGCACGUUGGAAGGUGAGAAAUACUGCUAUCGAGAGAAGGGACCUCAUCCGGAACCCCGUGCCACUCAUGCCUGAGUUCCAGCGCAGCGUACGCUUGCUGGGCCGAAGACCCACCACUCAGCAGUUUAUUGAUACUAUCAUUAAGAAAUAUGGAACCCACAUUCUCAUCUCAGCCACCCUAGGAGGGGAAGAGGCUCUGACCAUGUAUCUGGCCAAGAACAAGCUGGACAGAAAGCUGGUUAAUGCUACGCAGAAUGUGGAAGCCCUCCAUCAGCUGGCAUCAUCCUACUUUAUUGACCGUGAUGGUACAAUGAGGAAGUUGCAUGAGAUCCAGAUCUCCACAAAUGCCAUCAAGGUGACAGAGACACGGACAGGGCCGCUGGGAUGCAGCAGCUAUGACAAUUUGGACUCAGUUAGCUCGAUCCUCCUGCAGAGCCCUGAGAGCAAGCUUCAUCUGCAAGGCCUUCAGGUCAUAUUCCCAGAAUACCUGCAGGAGAAAUUUGUCCAGUCAGCUCUGAGCUACAUCAUGUGCAACGGAGAGGGUGAAUAUGUGUGCCACAACAACCAGUGCAUCUGUCAGUGUGCUGAUGACUAUCCCCAGUGCAACUGUCCCAUCACUGACAUCCAGAUCAUGGAAAACACCCUGCUGGUGAUGUCUGAGUCCUGGGCAGCCUCUUAUAAAGAUUUUGAAAACUCUGAUGAGUUCAAGUCAUUCCUGAAGAGACUCCCGUCCACUCAUUUUUUGCCCAUCAGCAGUGUGCAUCUUUUGUGGGGCAGCGACUGGGACCUGCAGGCCCGUUACAGACUCCUUCAGAGUUCCCUGGAGAUCCAGCGGCUCAAAAUCCAGCGCACCGCCCGCAAGCUAUUCAGCCUCAGCAUCCGCUGUCUUCACAAUCCCAGCCACCAAAUGCCAAGAGAGAGAUCUGUGAUGCAGUGGCUCAACAGGGUUCAGUCCUUUCUGUAUUGCAAUGAGAAUGGGUUCUGGGGGACCUUCCUGGAGAGCCAAAAGGCAUGUGUGUGCCACACAGGUGCAACUCUGUGUCAGCGACCCAUCCCGUGUGUCAUAGGCGGCAACAACAGCUGUGCCAUGUGUAGCCUGGCCAACAUCUCACAAUGUGGCUCCUGCAACAAAGGCUACAAGUUGUACCGUGGCCGCUGUGAGCCGCAGAAUGUGGACUCAGAACGCAGCGAGCAGUUCAUCAGUUUUGAAACUGAUCUGGACUUUCAGGACCUGGAGCUGAAAUACUUGCUGCAGAAAAUGGAUUCACGGUUGUACAUACACACCACUUUCAUCAGCAACGAGAUCCGACUGGAGACGUUCUUUGACCCACGAUGGCGCAAGCGUAUGUCCCUGACUCUGAAAAGUAACAAAAAUCGGAUGGACUACCUCCACAUGAUCAUCGGUUUGUCAAUGAAAAUCUGUCAGAUGCGAAACAGCAGCAUUGAUCCCAUGUUCUUUGUUUAUGUUAACCCAUUCAGUGGCAGCCACUCAGAAGGCUGGAGCAUGCCCUUUGGUGAACACGGUUACCCACGAUGGGAAAAAGUUCGACUGCAGAACUCACAGUGCUUCAACUGGACUCUCCUGCUGGGUAACAGGUGGAAGACCUUCUUUGAGACUGUGCACAUUUACCUGCGCAGCCGUGCUAAGGUUCCGACUGGGCUCCGUAAUGACACGGGACAGGGUCCAGUGGAUCUCGCAGACCCCAACAAGCGGCAGAUCUACAUAAAGAUCUCCGAUAUCCAGGUGUUUGGUUACAGCCUGCGGUUUAACGCUGACCUGCUGCGAAGCGCCGUGCAGCAGGUUAACCAGUCAUAUACACAAGGAACUCAGUUCUACUCGUCCUCAUCUGUGAUGCUACUGCUGCUGGACAUUAGGGAUCGGAUUAAUCGCUUAGCCCCCCCUUCUGCACCCGGCAAACCACAGCUGGACCUUUUCUCUUGUAUGCUGAAGCAUAGGCUGAAGCUCAACAACAGCGAGAUGAUUCGAGUGAACCAUGCCUUGGACAUGUACAGCACAGAAAUACUCAAACAAUCAGACCACCUGACUGCAAAACUUUGUUGAGUAAAACAUUAAUGUUAAGGACGGUAAGCAACAGAGAAACACCCAACUAAUUAACUAUGAGGGGAUGUUAGUCUUAUUUUUUCUCUUUUCUUUUUUGACCUUUUCUGCCUUUUGAUGUAAUAUUAACUUUGUAAGUAUAAUUCUUAAAAAAGAGAAAGAGGCAGUGAUGAAAAGCUUUUCUGGCAGAUUAAAAAAAAAAAAAAAGAUCAAUGGAAACACUGUAUGGACUGUAUCAUACUUGUCCCAGCAUGUCUGUAAUUCCCUUAAAGAACCUUAAAAAGAGAAAGUGAAAAAAAACAAGUAUAUCUAUGUACUGGAUGAAAAGGAGGCCUUGAUUAUAACAUAAGGGAUCAAAGGUUGCAUCUGAUACUGCCAUUCUUUCUUGAGAAAAAAAGAUUACAUUUUUAAAGGUACAGAAAACACAAUGGCAGACCAGAUAUAAGUUUAUUUCACCUACUGGGCAAAGUAUUUCAAACAUAACAAACAGUUUAGUAUUAAAAUGUUUAUACAUUGUAAGAAAUUUAAAGCUCUAGUGAGUAAGUAGUCAUCACAUUUCUUACGUUUCAGAACCCACAGUGAAUCUGCAUUGCUUUUAGAAAGGUAUUUAACACUGUCAUUGUUCUGAUACACGAGGCACACAGCAGGGCAGUAAUGGAUAGUCAUGUUGAAAACAAAAGCCAGCUGUUUAUAUAUACAUAUGUGUGGGUGAAUGUAUGCGAGUGUGUCUGUAAACCUCUUUUUUUUUUUUUUUGGCUUAACGCUUAAUGCCGUUUGUUAAUUGAAUGUGUCACUUGAGACUGACCCAAGACUCUGCUGAAUCUUGCAUUUUGAACGCUUUUCUCCCCCACCGUGUAUGAAAUUCCAGCUGUGUGUUUUUUUUUGUUUGUUUUUUUUUCACAAGGCAGUAUACCUCCUGGUGCGUGAAUGCAAUAUUGUGGUCUGAAGAUUAUAACAAUCAAUGCUAUUUUGUACAGCUUUGCAAAAUGUACAUGUUGUGAUUGCUGAUCUGUGGAGCUUUUCAGCACUGAGAGCAAAAUGUAAACAUUCAUCAUUCAGCCACAUUUGCAAGACAACCUAAAGCCAUACACUUCCCUGAGGUAGACAUACAGUAAGUCAUGAAGUUCACCCUGUACCUGUUCCAUUUAUAUGUCUUUGUUCAACUCUCUCAGAAGAUUUCAGACAAGAGCACAGCAAAAAGGAAUAUGAUGAGUGGAGACAUAACAUGUUGAGUGAAAUUGUGUCGUUAAAGCCAUUGAACUUGUAUUUUGUGCUGCAGGAAAAAAGAAGAAAAUCUUAUAUUAAAGCUUAUAAUACCUUUUGAAAGUGUUACUCUGUAAGCUUUUUAUGACCACAUGUAAAAAUUUCUCUUUUUGUUUUGAGUUAAGAAGUUUGACAUUUUCUGCAUGUUGCUGGAGGUAUAAAAAGAACUGCAACUGUGUUCAACACACUCAGUCUUAAACAUAAAACACUACCUAUGUAUUUCAUGGUCACAUUUUAUUUUGGUAAUCCAAUACUGAAACACAAUGAUGUGAUUAAUAUUUGCAAGUGGACUCAUUCACUAAAUCUUCACUGCAAAAACAAACUUGGUAUGUUGUAUGAAUCCAAUAUUUUCUUUUACAAAGUGUCACAUAAAAAAAUAUAUUAUAUAUUGCUGUCCCCUGAAACACAAAUGAGCUUAUGGAGUAAAAUGUGUUGGCUUUAAAAAAAAUACCUACUCAUAUAUUUUUUAAAAGAUCUUUUUUUUUUUUUUCUGGUAAACCCUAUGUAUUAGUUUUUUGUUGCGUCGUUAAUUUAAUGUAUGUUAAUAUCAUGAUGUGUAUUUUUUGUGAUGUAUUUUCUUGUGUUCUUUACCAAUAACUGCUGUUAUUGUUGUGAGACAAAUUUUUAGGAAACAUUUUAAGACGUAGAUGUGCAAAUCAUCCUGUGUUGUGAAGGACUUGAUGCAAGCAACAAUGAAAUUGGAAUCACAAAAACAUUUAAUAAAAUUGGUUUUGGG